AUGGACAAUCCUUCUGAGCACCCAGAACGACCAAGCUCCACAGAACUCAACCGCCGAGAUAGCAUAGACAAUCCUUCUGAGCACACAGAACUUGAACCAUACUUGAGCAGUGAUCUGUCGUCUCUAGGUCCAGAAAACGAUCACCAAUCUAGCCAUGCGCCUAACCCACAGAAACGCGGAGGGAGCAAACAACGCAGUGGCCGAAAACAAACAUCUGAUGGAUCGGAGGUGCCUUCUCAAAAAAUUAAGAGGGCCGGCAAAUGUGGCGACAAAGAUAAACAACGGAAGGUCAAAAAAAAUGUCGAAAAGCCGGCCACCACGGAAGCACUCUGUGGCGUAAUUGGAACAGAGAUCGGUUCAGAAAAGGAUCAAGGACCCACCGAAGCGCCUAGCUCCCAGAAGGUCGCUCCUCGGCGUAUUCCUGCCCAGCGUAUCCCCUCCCAGCGGAUCCCCUCCCAGCGUAUCCCCUCCAGGCGCAUAGCUGGACGAGACAAACAGCGUGCCAUCGAAGAAACUCCUAGCCAGAAGCCUUCUACAUCCAAGUCCGGGCACCGGGAACAAACAGAGCCGAUUUUGAAGCAUACUGAGAUAACCGGUACCGUGUCCAUACUAUCGACACUUGAAGAUGGAGACGAGAACACGCAGUUUGCAAUCAAUGAAACAACCCAUACAAAGGUGCCUACCGAACCGAUUAUUUCAUCACAACCACCUGCCUCUUCGGAGCCGCCUCCGUCAUCCAAACGCAAACGCCGACAAUCAGCUUAUGAUGAAAAGACGAGCUCUAACAAGCAAGCACAGCACUCUCGAGCUCAAAGGAAUGUGGUUACAGGAGGCGGAUUGCGAAAAGUCCAAGCGGGGCAUCGCGAGCACAAACAAGUUCCAGUGAAUUCAGAUUACUUGAUUUCGCCAACAGGCUUGCUCAGCGCAGAUCAGACCCUCUCAUUACCCCCGUUAAUUUCGUUCGAGCCGGACGAUCACUUGAUGGAAGUGGACAAAGAAGUGGCCCAAAGCAUGCAAAGGUGGCCGCCAUUGUUAAAAUUUGUCCAACAGUCCCGGGCCCCUUUGACCCGAAUCGAUAAAAAGAAUAACAUGCCCCUCGCUUCAGAAAACACUCGGUUGGAUCCCUUCAUUGAACGAGAGAUAAGGACGAUCGAAGAAUUAUUUCUAAAGGAGGGGCGGGACUCGACCAUUGAUAUGUCCGUGAUGGAGGUGAUGGAAUUUCUGCACAGUAGUAUUGUUUUGAUCAAUAAAAUUCAUAAAGAGACACAGGACGCUGUGCGCGGUCCCCCAUUGGAAGACGUUCCUCAGCCUUUGGAAGAAGCCGCGUUCCUCGAGAAGCUCAUCACAUCGGGGUUGCUCCGGAGGUCGCGCGCAACUGUGAGCUGUAGUCAUAAUAAACCCCUGCCUCAAUUGGAUAUUUCCUUGGCCAACAGCGACGACCCUGGCAGUUGCACCAAAAAAAUGCUUGGAUUGCCUAGAAGCCCAGCAAUCACGACUCCGGCGCUCAGCUGCAGCCAUGACUCUCCGCGGAUCCUCCCAGUCAAUCAGCUUUCCCCGCCCAAGAGCCACAAUGGUGACAAACCAUCGACCUUGUGUCCUUCCAAAAGCGACAGUACCAACCCGCAUCCCUUAGGGCCUUUUUCACCAGCAUUCGCAAGCCGCAAGCGCCGAUACUCGCAAUCAGCUGUUCCUGUUCAGAAUUGUGAAGGAUCUCGCAAAAAAGCGAAAAUUCAAAACAACAAUCGGGCCAAAAGCGAACCACUAUUGUGA